AUGCCGGAGUCUUCUGAGCCGGUGGAGCUCUGGCGGGGUCCGCGGGGGUCUGAGGAUGGAGGAGGAGGGAGGUUUCGGAGCGGGGCGGGAGUCUCGAACCUCUUUGUCUCGCAGAUCUGGGCGGAGUGUGGCUCAGCUCUCAGAUCCCUUGGGGCGGCAAGGGCGCCCCGCCUGCGGGCCAGGCUAGGGCUGCGCUCGCCCCGCGUCCCCUCGAGCUUUGCCCGCCCGGAGCUGCGCUGCUUCCGGCGGCCAGAACGGAGGGGUAAAGCAGUCCUCGGAGGCCCGGCGGGCGGGCGGCCCAGCUCGUCCCGGGGCCGCGCGAGGCACAGACAUAGCGCCGAGCGGCCGGGUGGCUUCCCCGCGCCCAGGCCCGGGCGCCCUAACAAUCUCGCGCUUUGCUCCCCCAGGGCGCCGCCGCCGCGACUUUGUAGCGGGUUCGGGGCCGGCCGGCUGGCGGCUGCGCAAACCCCGCCCGGCCCGACCCGGCACCCGGGGAGUGUGUCUCCGACGUGUGCGGGGCUGCCGCGGCCCGAGCUCUACGCGCAGAUUUUAUUUAUUUACUUGACAGAGAGGAGAGAGAGAGCUUCGGGGGUAGCCAGAGAAGCAGGCUCCCCACUGAGCAGGGAGCCCAGUGUGGGACUUGAUCCUGGGACCCUGGAGUUAUGAACCAAGCCAAAGGCAGCCGCUUAACCGACUGAACCACCUGGAUGCCCCAGAAACAACCCCUUUCUUUGCCUCUUCCUGCUUCCAGAGCUUCCUUCCACGCCUGCCUCCUCGGUCUUCAAAGCCAGCAGCAUAGCCUCAGCUCUAGCACUGCUUCUGUUCUGCCGUCCAACCGCUCUUGGUCUUCUUCUUGUAAGGACACCUGCGACUACAUUUACAGUCCACUCAGAUGGUCCAGGAUAAUUUCUCCAUCUUGAGAUCUUUCGUUUAAUCACAUCUGCAAUAUAAGUUAAAAUUCACGGGUUCUGGAGAUUAGGAUGUGGAUAUAUUUGGAGGCCGUUAUUCAAGCUACCAUACUGAGGAACUGCAUUUUGAAUGGAAUGAAAUUUGAAUUUAAAUAACCAUGUGGCUAGUGGCUACCCUGUUGGACGGUAGAGACACAGAAGAUUUUCAAAUUCCCAGGAGGUUCUAUAGACCGCACUGCUUUAGGGUGGUCUAAAAGCCAAUACCAGUUAUAAAAUAAGUAAGUCACAGAAAUGGAAAGUACAGCACAGGGAAUAUAGUCACUGUUAUUGUAAUAAUGUGAAUAACACUUGUCGUGACAGAUGGUAAGUACACUGACCACGGUGAGCACUGUGUAGGGUAUAGAAUUGUUAAAUCACUACACGUGCACCUGAGACUAAUAUAACAUUGUCUGUCAACUAUACUUAAAUAAUAAAAAAGAUUUUUAAGGCUACUCAUGACUAAAAUGGAAAGAAAAAGCCAAAAGCAGAUGCUUCAUUUUGUAGCCAUUUUGAGUUUAUUGUUGGGCUACUCUUCAAAAAAAAAAAAAAAACUACAUAAAUUUGUUUUUUAGAGACUUGGAACAUAUCAUCCCAUAGAUAGGAUGAGGAAAACUCCUAGUGAUUCCUCACCAUUGAGAAAAGAUUUAAUGAGUAUUUUUGACGGGCCAGGCACUGAACUCCAACAGCAGUCACAGGCUGCAGCGUCAUGGAUACACGCAGCAACAGGAAGCAGUGGGAGCAUGAGAUUAAACUGAUCCUGGGGGAAGGAAUUCUGGAGGAUGUAAAAUCCAAAGUAAGAGAUGGCCAAGCCAAGAAGGGUAAGAAAGAAUAUAGGCAGAGAGAAGGGGGUAAGAAAGUAUCAGGAGAAGGAGAAGCAUGCGCUGAAGAAAGAGGUUAAGAGAGGGGUCUGGGAGUAGUGUUAUAUGACUGAAUUCCGUGGGAUCAGAAGGGGCAAAGCAGAAAAAAAGGCAGGGGCCGAAUCCUGAUGGGCAGAGUAUGUCAUGACAAGGAGUUUGGACUUUAUCCCAAGAGUCAGUUAGGAUUGGUUUGAAUGCAGAUGACAGAGGGCCGGUGUGAGUGUCUAAAACAAGGCAGAUGUUUAUCUGUAUCUGCACCAAGGCUGACGGGAAAGUUGUGCUCCAUAAAGCCCUCGGGGGUGCAGAUUCCCGUCACCUCAUUCCCUUUCCAUCUCCAGUAUAUCCCUUUGCUAGGGCUGCCAUAACCGAGUACCACAAACUGGGCGGCUUAGACAACAGACAUUUAGUGUCUCACAGUUCUGGUGGCCGGACAUCCAAGAUGAAGGAGUUGACAGGACUGGUUUCUUCUGAGGACUGUAAGGCUAAAUCUGUUCCAGGCCUCUCCCACAGCUUCUGGUAGGUUUCUAGAAGUCUUUGGCACUUUUUGGUUUACAGAGGGAUCUCUGCACCUUGAUGUCCUGUAGUGUCUCCCUGUGUGUGGCUCUGGGUCCAGACUUCCCUUUCUGUAAGGACAUCAAUCCUAUUGGAUGAGGGCUUCCUCUGCUUCAGUAUGACCUCACCUUAGGGACCCUAUGAGAUCACUUCCAAAGAAGGUCGCGUUCUAAGAUACUGGAGGUUUGGACUUCAACAUAUACAUUUUUGGGGCAGAGGGUGGACAGAAUUCAACCCAUAACAUGUAGGAUGUGGUCCUUAUCCUUAUGGGCCCAGACCGCCCUAGAGACCCAGUCACCACGUUCACAUUCAGUCUCCUUAAAGGGCCCAUCCUUGGAGGUCCCUCUUCCAUAUGGACUCAGCUGUUUGCUCUGGAGGUGCUAACAGAUGCUGGUUCUGAGGUGAUCAUUGGAGCAUUGUAUGGCUAAAGAGGGCACUGACCACAGGUUAGCAAUGCUUCCUUCUCAGACAUAGGGUCAGAAGAAAUGAGGACGGGGGGGGGGAAGGUUUUUGCUUUCCAGAUCAUUCUAGAAAGACUUCGGGAAGAAUAAGGGAUUUCAGUGCAUGUUCACAAGACCAAGUUGCUGGGCAAUGUGGCUCAUUUCCCACAGGUUAGCUUCACCUACCACCCUUUCCCUUUUGUAGUGUCUGUUCUCCUGUGGGUUGUGGUUACUGUGUGUUCAUCUCCUUUACUAGACAAGGUGUUCCUUGAGAGGAAACAAAGCCCCUUUGAGGUCUGAUGGGUCUCACAGAGGUGGGCGGGAGGUUGGGGAUUCAAAGCUUAAAUCUCAGCUCCAGCACUUAUUAGCUGUAGAAAUUUGAUCCCCCCCCAAAAAAACUUCAGCUUUAUCACUUGAAAAAUGAGGUAACAAUAUUUACCUUGUAGUGUCGUUAUGAUCAUUAAAAACUAACAAGUGCGAGAGUGCGGGUUACAGGAGCUACUCGGUGGUGAGUAUUUUCCGUGAUUUGAACUGGGGUGUCUCCAGGGCCCAGCUCAGGGCACCCUGCAGAGUCGGUGCUCAAUACAUAUCUGUUGCCCCAGUGGAGAUUUAGAUCACAGCUAAAGCCCUGUGCUAUACUCAAGUCUAGAAAUUAAUGAUAAAUUAAAAUAGCCAUCACAAUACUAUAAAACACAAGACAUUAAAAAAGAAACAGUUAUCACAUUCAAGUAUGGUAGGGAGAAAUACAUCUAAUGUAAAAAGUAACACCUGAAAUACAUAAUAUGAAGUACAUGAUAAUACUGAUAAUAUGUAACACCUGAAGUACUUCAUAAUAAUAAGUAUAUAAUAAUAUGUAUCAUUUUAUGGCACAAGACUUCAAUGUCUCUGAUGGAAUAAACAGGACAAAAUGGUUUGAAGAAUUCCUUACCCACAGGAGCCAGAUCCGACUCAGCCUUCUGACCGCAGGGCUGAGUGCAAACUCUCUCAAACACAGCGAGUGACACCCCAGGAAAGGCCUCUAAAAGAGAAUUCAGUGUGAACUUGGACCAGAACAGAUAAUAAACUCCAUGUAAUCGUCCUACAGCAGGAAUCGUUUCAUAUGAUUUGGGGCUACGUAUUUUAUGGCGUCUGAUCAUAUGUCCGAAGCAUUAAGCUCUCCCACACCUGAAAUAAUAGUUUCAUUGCUAACAGUGUAAGGUCAAAAGAACUGGGUGUCUUAUGUAUGUGUGGGAAGGUGUGUUUUGAAUUUCUAAAAUGAGAUUUUACACAGAUAUUUUUUUAGAGCAGCCCAGCAAUAAACUCAAGUUGGCCUGUAGCUGUGAUACGAAGUAUCUGGCAUUGGCCUCUAGAUGUCUUCUAAAGCAGUGCUGUCAACCAACUUCCCGUGAGGAUGGAAAUGUUUUAUAUCUGUGCCGUCUAAUUUGGUGGCCACUAGCUAAUGACUACUUAGAUUCAAAUGGAAUGAAAUUCAAAAUCCAGUUCAGUGAUGCACUAUCAGGGGUUAUUAUAAAACAAAUAGUAAUGACGACUGGUAUUGACGCAGAGAUAGACAAAACCAAUCUAUUAAACAGAACAGAGUUGGGAACUAGGUCUACACAUAUACGGCCACCUGGUUUAUGAUAACUGUAAAUGGGGGAAAUGAUCUUUUAAAUUAACAUGUUGGGUUAAUUGGAUAUCCACAUGGAAAAAACGGCCUCUGGGUCCACUUCUAUAUCCCACCAUUUCCAACAACCAAUUCCAAAUGGAUUACUGUUCUAAAUGGAGCAAAUUAAAGUAGUAACACUUUUAGAAGAAAACAGAAGAGAAAUCUUAAUAACCUGGAGUAAACAGAGACUUCUUAAAUCAGAAACACAUUGGAAUAUUAAAAUUAAGAUUUUUUUUCCUUAAAAGACUUCAUUCAAAGAUUGAAAAGAAACCCAAAAUGGGAGAAGAUAUUUGUCACAUAUAGACCUGACAAAGGAUGCACAUUAAAAAAAAAAAAAAAAGCAACCCUCUUAUAAUA